AUGAACCCCUUGGAGGGGGCCGCGGAGGAGGUGGAGGUGACCGACGAGGCGGCAGGCGGGGAGGUGAACGAGUCGGUGGAGGCCGACCUGGAGCGCCCGGAGGUGGAGGAGGAGCAGCAGCCGCAGCAGCCGCAGCGGCAGUACCAUGCGGGCCGGCCCCGGCGCGCGCUCACCGCCGUCGAAGACCCCCGCGCCCAGCCCGGGGGGCUUCCUCCUCCGGAGGAAGAGGAGCGCGGGGAGUGCCUGGCGCGCUCGGCCAGCACGGAGAGCGGCUUCCACAACCACACGGACACGGCUGAGGGCGACGUGAUCGCAGCGGCCCGCGAUGGCGAAGGCGAUGGCGACGGUGGCGGCGAUGGUGACCCGGAGCGCACGCCGGACCCCGAGGACGAGAGCGCCUACGCCGUGCAGUACCGGCCCGAGGCCGAGGAGUACACGGAGCAGGCGGAGGCCGAGCACGCCGAGGCCACGCACCGCCUGGCGCUGCUGCCCAACCACCUGCACUUCCACUCGCGGGAGCACGAGGAGGCGGUGAGCGCGGCCUACUCGGGCUACGUGUACGCGCACCGGCUGUUCCACCGCGGCGGCGGCGGCGGCGGCGAGGACGAGCCCUACGCCGAGCCCUAUGCAGACUAUGGCGGCCUGCAGGAGCACGUGUACGAGGAGAUCGGGGACGCGCCCGAGCUGGACGCGCGCGACGACGCGGAGGCCGCCGCGUACCGCCAGGAGGCCCUGGGCGCGCGGCUGCACCACUACGACGAGCGCUCGGACGGCGAGUCCGACAGCCCCGAGAAGGAGGCCGAGUUCGCCCCUUACCCGCGCAUGGACAGCUACGAGCAGGAGGAGGACAUCGACCAGAUCGUGGCCGAGGUCAAGCAGAGCAUGAGCUCGCAGAGCCUCGACAAGGCGGCCGAGGACAUGCCGGAGGCCGAGCAGGACCUGGAGCGCGCCUCCACCCCCGGCGGCGGCGGCGGCGGCGGCCACCCCGACAGCCCCGGGCCGCCAGCCCCGCCUGGGCAGCAGCAGCAGCAGCAGCGGGCGGCGGCGGGCACCGUGGUGGUGGGCGAGGCCGUGCAGCGGUACAGCAAGGAGAAGAGGGAUGCCAUCUCGCUGGCCAUCAAGGACAUCAAGGAGGCCAUCGAGGAGGUGAAAACCAGGACCAUCCGUUCGCCUUACACCCCCGACGAGCCCAAAGAGCCCAUCUGGGUCAUGCGCCAGGACAUUAGCCCCACCAGAGACUGCGAGGACCAGAGGCCGGGGGAUGGAGAUUCUCCCUCUCCGGGCAGCUCCUCGCCCCUGGGCGCAGAGUCUUCGAGCACACCCCUUCAUCCCGGCGACCCCGCGGAAGGCUCCACCAACAAAGAGUCAAGAAAAAGCUUGGCUUCAUUCCCAACCUACGUUGAAGUUCCCGGACCUUGUGACCCUGAAGACUUAAUCGAUGGGAUCAUUUUUGCUGCCAAUUACCUUGGCUCUACCCAGCUGCUCUCCGACAAGACUCCCUCCAAAAACGUGCGCAUGAUGCAGGCCCAGGAGGCGGUGAGCAGGAUCAAGAUGGCCCAGAAAUUAGCCAAAAGCAGGAAGAAGGCUCCUGAAGGCGAAUCUCAGCCAAUGACUGAAGUGGACCUCUUCAUUUCUACGCAGAGAAUCAAAGUAUUGAACGCUGACACACAGGAGACUAUGAUGGACCACCCUCUGAGGACCAUCUCCUACAUCGCUGACAUCGGGAACAUCGUCGUGCUGAUGGCCCGCCGGCGGAUGCCGCGCUCCAACUCCCAGGAGAACGUGGAGGCCUCGCACCCGUCCCAGGACGGGAAAAGGCAGUACAAGAUGAUCUGCCAUGUCUUCGAGUCUGAGGACGCCCAGCUGAUCGCACAGUCCAUCGGGCAGGCCUUCAGCGUGGCUUACCAGGAAUUCCUCAGGGCCAAUGGGAUUAACCCCGAGGACCUCAGCCAGAAGGAGUACAGCGACCUGCUCAACACCCAGGACAUGUACAACGACGACCUGAUCCACUUCUCCAAGUCGGAAAACUGCAAAGAUGUCUUCAUAGAGAAGCAGAAGGGCGAGAUCCUGGGUGUGGUGAUCGUGGAGUCCGGCUGGGGCUCCAUCCUGCCGACCGUGAUCAUAGCCAACAUGAUGCAUGGCGGGCCCGCCGAGAAGUCAGGGAAGCUGAACAUCGGGGACCAGAUCAUGUCCAUCAACGGCACCAGCCUGGUGGGCCUGCCUCUGUCCACCUGCCAGAGCAUCAUUAAGGGCCUGAAGAACCAGGCCCGGGUGAAGCUGAACAUUGUGAGGUGCCCGCCGGUGACCACCGUGCUGAUCCGGAGGCCGGACCUUCGCUACCAGCUGGGUUUCAGCGUCCAGAACGGAAUUAUCUGCAGCCUCAUGCGAGGGGGCAUCGCCGAGAGGGGAGGCGUCCGCGUGGGGCAUCGGAUCAUCGAGAUCAACGGGCAGAGCGUGGUGGCCACCCCUCACGAGAAGAUCGUCCACAUCCUCUCCAACGCUGUGGGGGAGAUUCACAUGAAGACGAUGCCGGCUGCCAUGUACAGACUGCUGACGGCCCAGGAGCAGCCCGUGUACAUCUGA